GAGAAAAUGAAGAUCUACUGAAACUGAAGAAGGAUUUGCAAUGGCUCUCUGCAUCCCCGAAACGCCUUCCUUCAGUAAGCAGAGUGCUUGAGUGCACCCCCUUUGACCUGCUGAUAUGUAGAUCACAACAUCUGAUGCUUCCUGGAAUUGCCGAUUACUGUAACUGCUGCCCAUCUGUCAAUGAAGGAGCAGUUUCAGAACUCAGACUUGGGGGAGGAAAAGUAAUUAAUGGAAGUAAUAGAACUGACCAAAGACCUUCUGUCAACUCAGCCUUCGGAGACGCUUGCAAGCUCAGACAGUUUUGCUUCUGCUCAGCCCACUCAUUCAUGGAAAGUUGGGGACAAGUGCAUGGCCGUGUGGAGUGAAGACGGACAGUGUUAUGAAGCGGAGAUUGAAGAGAUAGAUGAAGAAAAUGGCACCGCCGCAAUCACCUUUGCUGUUUAUGGCAAUGCCGAAGUGACUCCGUUGUUGAACCUCAAGCCUGUAGAAGAAGGAAGGAAGGCAAAAGAGGACAGCGGCAACAAGCCCAUGUCAAAAAAAGAAAUGAUCGCCCAGCAGCGUGAAUAUAAAAAGAAAAAAGCUUUGAAAAAAGCACAGAGAAUAAAAGAGCUUGAGCAGGAGCGAGAGGACCAGAAGGUGAAAUGGCAGCAGUUCAACAACAGGGCGUACUCGAAGAACAAGAAAGGCCAGGUAAAGAGGAGUAUUUUUGCUUCUCCAGAAAGUGUAACGGGCAAAGUUGGAGUAGGAACUUGUGGAAUUGCUGACAAGCCCAUGACACAGUAUCAAGAUACAUCCAAGUACAAUGUCAGGCAUUUGAUGCCUCAGUAAUCAGAAAAACUGCUGGAUUUCAUCUCUGCAGGGCUUUACAUUUACCUUUUUAUCCUUAUAUUUUUCUAAAGGUAAAUUAUUUGUUAGAUGACGAGUAAGAAAGAUACAUUGUUGUUAUUGUUUGGCUUUGGUAGAAUGAAACUUGAAGACAUUUGAUAACUGCUAUCAUUUAACUUUUCAUUACUACUUAACCACAGCUUCCACAGUAUGUUGAACAAGGCAACUUUUCUAGGUAAAUGCUGCUUAAAUCAGCAUUUAGAUGACUUAUGAACUUCAGGCCCCAUUUAACUGAUGUUGUGUAGACAGUUUGUAAGUCCUAAUUUGGAAUUUUCAGGUGCUUUGCACUUGACAUAUUCCAACAGUUCAUUGGAACAUCGAGGCAAAACGCCAGCCUACUAAAGAGAGCUUCAGGUUUACAGCCUGGCCAUUGUCCAGACAAGCCCAAGUAUAGGGUAAUUUAUAAACGGCAAAGUUGAUUUUGAGGGGUUUUUUUUCCUUGAAUUACUUAUUUCCUGGGCCUAUUAGGUCACCUCUACAAUUGACUCACUUUGUAUUUUUUGUCAUUGAGUUUGAAAUUUAUAUUAAAAAACCAAACAAACCAUGUUUAGGAUGUGCUCCCCUUCUCUGGUGUUUAUUUUGUGUUUUGUACUGUUUUUUCCUUUGUUGACUUUUCACUUGUGGUAGUGGUACCAUUUUUGGGAUGUGUACUGUUUCUAUGGGAAGACAAAAGCUGAUGUACAGCCCUGUGUACAGUGUAGAUACUAUUUUUGUAAAAAUACAAGGCUAAAUUAAUGAACAAGAGUACUCAGUGUUUCUUGAUUAAAUUUUCCUGUAUUUCUUGUGCAUUAAUCUGACCAUAAUUUCCCUGUAUAUUAUGUUCAUGUAGCUGAGUUUGUAAUUUUUAUUAACGAGAUCAAGUUGCCAGCAUUUGUUGGCAGAAGUGAAGCACCACAGUUAUCCCAAGUUGAGUUUAAGCCAAAACAAACGUAGAAAAAAAGGGUCUUCCUGUUAAUUGGAAGAAAAUAAUUUUUAGAGUGUGUUAAUUUCAGUUUUGUAUGUUUAACUUUAAUAAAUAAAGUGUUUUUAAAAUCUCCAGUGUGUUAACAAAGGGGUGGCACCGUAGACUUGUACACAGAACUACCAUGGAAGAGAAUGCUAAGACUGGUAAACGGUUCACAGAUCCUUAAGAAUUCUUUCAUUGGGUAAAAGAAAUGGAGUCAUAAAGGAUUAAUUAAUGGGCAUGUAUGAGAUUAUUUGUAAAUUAAAUUAUUUUGUAAAUUUUGUCUUAGUAAACUGAAAUUUUUAGUACAGUGGUGAGGUAAACUCUUUUCUUUCAGGGUUUUCUUCAUAAAUAUGUAAGGCAAAAAAAGAGAAAGGUUCAGGUUACAUAGAAAAGGGGCUGCUUGGCUGCUGAUUAAAGUGUUUGCCUAAGGUGCUUAAGGCAGUUAGAUCCCCACUACCAGAGGCUUGAGGAGUAGAGGGUAUUAAAGCCUAAGAACUCCUAAAUGAAAAAGUCAAAUUCAUCUUGCAGUUUUAA